GCACCCCGGAGGCGGGGACUGAGGGAGGCGUUGGGACGAGAUUACCAGGUUGGGUGGGCCCUACCUGGGAGGGGUUUGUGGGUCCUCUGCCCGCUGAAGAGAUGGAUGAGGACGGGCUUCCACUCAUGGGGUCAGGCAUAGACCUGACCAAGGUGCCAGCUAUUCAACAGAAAAGAACGGUGGCAUUUCUAAACCAAUUUGUGGUGCACACUGUACAGUUCCUCAACCGCUUUUCUGCAGUUUGUGAGGAGAAACUGGCAGACCUUUCUCUUCGUAUCCAACAAAUUGAAACAACUCUCAAUAUUCUGGAUGCAAAGUUGUCAUCCAUCCCAGGCCUAGAUGAUGUCACAUUUGAAGUAUCUCCGUUAAGUGUCACAAAUGGAUUACAUUCUGAGCCCACUUCAGAGCAAUCACAGCAGAACAGUACACAAGACUCUGGACCACAGGAAAGUGAAGUAUCAGCAGAAAAUAUCUUAACUGUAGCCAAGGAUCCAAGAUAUGCCAGAUAUCUCAAAAUGGUUCAAGUGGGUGUUCCAGUGAUGGCAAUAAGAAAUAAAAUGAUAUCAGAAGGACUAGACCCAGAUCUUCUUGAGAGACCAGAUGCUCCAGUGCCUGAUGGUGAAAGUGAAAAAACUGCAGAAGAAAGUUCAGAUAGUGAAUCUUCUUUUAGUGACUAAGCUUAAUUUUGGUAAGAAUUACAUACAUGUGUAGGGGUACAUUUACAUUUUAUAAAAAAGAGAACCUGAACUCUUGUUAGUCAUAAAAACAUCAAAUGGCUACAUAUCCAUCACCGAGCUUCUUCUGUGUUUAAAAAAAAAAAAAAGUAUUAAAGCAUUUAUAACCUGCCAGUAUGUCCUGUUACCAAAAUAAAGGACCCUGAAAUGAAAAACA